UUCUUAAAAAUAUUUUUUCAUCGUUAAAUUUAUAUAUCUAACAGCAGGCCUAUGUCAUUUACCAAAGUAAAUAUCGUCGCAAGUGAUACCUUUUUAUGGCAAUGGAUUUCAACUGAACUUCAGAUUCAAAUGACAAUUCUGUAUCCUGUCAUUCAUUUAAAAAUUGAAUUGGAAUGAAUCAGCAAUUCUAUAUAGGCCACUAUAGAACCAGACGAUCGAAGUAGGUGACAUUGCUGUAAAUGGGCGUAGGACAGACAAUAUCACACGUUUCUCUUGACAGGAGGGCAGACGCAUCCGCUUUCCAAACAAAUCUGCCGAAUUUAGUUGACUUGUCCCUGUCGCUGGGGGUUCGUGUUGAGUGAUUUGGUGCUAUACGAUUCAGUAAAGGACACAAAUAAAUAACAACAUAUUGGUCUUAACUGACAAAUGGAAAUAGCCUACAAAAUGUACGUUAGCACACGGUGGUAGGCCUAAAGCCUGAACGGGCUAAUUAAUGAAGCAGGAACCUGUCCGCCGGGAGUCCCCCAUGCUGAAGCCAAAAGUAUUGAUCACCAUCCUGGCCCGCAACGCAGCGCACAGUCUACCGUAUUACCUGGGCUGCAUAGACCGACUGGACUACCCUAAGGAUCGGAUUGCUAUCUGGGCAGCGGCGGACCACAGCAGUGACAACAGCACGGCCAUGCUGCAUGAGUGGCUGAAGCGGGUGCAGGGCCAGUACCACCAUGUCGAGUGGAGACCCAUGGAGGAGCCACAGUCUUAUGCAGAUGAAAGGGGGCCGAAGCACUGGUCAAACUCGCGCUUCACCCAUGUGAUGAGACUGAGGCAGAGAGCCCUGAGAGCAGCCAGGGAGCACUGGGCUGACUACAUCCUGUUCGUAGACAGUGACAACCUUCUGACGAACCCCCGCGUCCUGACGCUGAUGAUGGCUGAGAACCUGACACUGGUGGCCCCCAUGCUGGAGUCUCGAACCCUCUACUCAAACUUCUGGUGUGGCAUGACCCCUCAGGGUUAUUACAAACGCACCCCAGACUACGUACCCAUCCGGCAGUGGAAACGUUCAGGCUGUUUCCCAGUUCCCAUGGUGCACUCCUCCUUCCUGUUGGACCUGCGGCGCCAUGCGAGCCGCUCCCUGGCCUUCUACCCCCCCCAUCCCGACUACAGUUGGACGUUCGAUGACAUCAUGAUCUUCGCCUUCUCUGCCCGUCAGGCAGACGUGCAACCGUAUGUGUGCAACCGAGAACAUUAUGGGUACCUUCCAAUGCCCCUGAAGGCUCAUCAGAGCAUGGAGGAGGAAGUCGAGAGCUGUGCUCACACCAUUACAGAGGCUAUGAUUGAAGACCCAUUGGAGCCCUCACAGUACCUGCACAUUCCUCCAAAACCUCAGGACAAGAUGGGAUUUGACCAGAUCUUCCUGAUUAACCUGAAGCGCAGGGUGGACCGCAGGCAGCGGAUGCUACACUCCCUGGAGGUUCUGGGCAUCGAGGCCACACUGACCGAGGCCGUGGACGGCAAGGCCCUGAACACUUCUCAGCUGCAGGCGCUCGGCAUAGAGAUGUUGCCUGGAUACGAGGACCCGUACUCUGGCCGAGUGUUGACUCGUGGGGAGAUAGGCUGCUUCCUCAGCCAUCAUUACAUCUGGACACAGGUGGUGGAGCGGGGACUGCGGAGGACCCUGGUGCUGGAGGACGAUGUGAGGUUCGAGCCCAGAUUUAAGAGCAGGCUGAAGACCAUCAUGGAGAACGUGGAGCAGGCCGAGCUGGACUGGGACCUCAUCUACGUGGGUCGUAAGCGACUGCAGGUAAAGCAACCGGAGCAGGCGGUGGAGGGUGUCAGUAAUCUGGUGGUGCCGGACUAUUCCUACUGGACCCUGGGUUACAUGCUGUCCCUGCAGGGGGCCCAGAAGCUUCUGGAGGCCCAGCCCUUCGGCAAGAUGCUGCCUGUGGACGAGUUUCUGCCUGUGAUGUUUAACAAGCACCCCAACGAGGCGUACAUGACGCACUUUGAGCCGCGGGACCUGCGGGCGUUUUCGGUCGAGCCCCUGCUCCUGUACCCCACGCACUACACGGGCGAGCCGGGCUACGUGAGCGACACGGAGACGUCCACCAUCUGGGACAACGAGGACGUGAGCACGGACUGGGACCGCCAGCACGCGCACAAGACCCAGAAACAGGGCCAGAUCCGCCCCACGGCCCAGAACAGCGUCACCGGGGACACGCCUCCUCCUGCCGCGCGCGUCACUCGAGAUGAACUUUGACCCUACGGACGGAGAGACUCUUACUAACACACACACAGGCAUACGUGCGUUCAAGUGCUUAUGCACAGAUAUACCCUGACACAGGGUAGUGCUCAUUUACAUACUCUCAGAGGCAUACAUGCAAACACUCAUAUAAACAGACACGCACACGCACACAUACACACAAACACGCUCGUACAGACUCAGGCUUUUAUACAUGCAUACAUGUGCAAGAAUCCAGGCAUUAGCUCUUCAGUGAACUCGGUGUUAAAAUCUGCAGCACACAAGCUGGGUGUGAAGAGCAGAGAGGUGCUUUCACUGAGGUACAGAUAGGGGGUGAUGACUGCUCCUCCCUGAGUUUUAUUUAUUUCUCCUGCUAUUGGUUCUUUGAUAUCAUGUUGCCCAUGGCUGAGCUGAUUGAAUUCUUACCCACAACUGGGAGCCAUUGGGAGAUGCUGGACCUCCCACUGUGACACUGGCUGAAUCAGGAAAAGUGAGAAAAGAAACCUGAAACUUAUGUUUUAUUUAUGUGAUUUUGACUGAUGUAAAUGUUCAUCAAUUGCAGACAUGGGUCUGUGCAGCACAGCAAAUAAAAGAAUCUUAUUUCUGUCUGAUAA